GCUGAUCCAUGCGGAGGAGAAGCACAGGUGGGUGAGGAUCGAGCUUCUGUGCCCGGGAAGCCUCGUCGGGGGCCAUGGGAGGCCAGGUGAGGCUGCCACCCGGAGAGCCCUGCCGAGAAGGCUACGUGCUGUCUCUGAUCUGUCCGAAUGCCUCCCAGGCUUGGUGUGAGAUCACACGUGUGUCACAGCUGCUGGCUUCUCCUGUCCUCUACAGGGACCUGAAUUCCAGCAUAACCAACUGCAGCAUUUCUGCAAAUGCAGAGAACAAAUACAGUCUUUAUGUGGGCCUGGUACUGGCAAUAAGUUCCAGUAUUUUUAUUGGCUCCAGUUUCAUCUUGAAAAAAAAGGGCCUCUUACAACUGGCCAACAGGGGCGUUACUAGAGCUGGACAAGGUGGAUAUUCUUACCUCAAGGAAUGGCUCUGGUGGGCAGGAUUACUCUCAAUGGGAGCAGGCGAGGCUGCGAAUUUUGCAGCUUAUGCUUUUGCACCUGCCACCUUGGUCACCCCACUGGGCGCACUGAGUGUUCUCAUAAGUGCACUGUUGUCUUCCUAUUUUUUAAAUGAGCACUUGAACAUUCAUGGAAAAAUAGGCUGCACAUUAAGUAUAUUGGGGUCAACUGUGAUGGUUAUCCAUGCCCCACAAGAAGAGGAAGUUGCUUCUCUGCAUGAAAUGGAAAUGAAAUUGAGAGACCCAGGAUUUAUCUCCUUUGCUGUGAUCAUAACUGUGAUCUCCUUGGUGCUGAUUUUGAUUGUAGCUCCCAAGAAAGGACAGACCAAUAUAUUGGUCUACAUUUCAAUCUGUUCAUUGAUUGGAGCAUUUUCAGUUUCUUCUGUCAAGGGCCUGGGAAUUGCCAUUAAGGAACUACUGGAAUGGAAGCCCAUUUAUAAGCAUCCCCUGGUCUUUGUUUUGCUGGCUGUACUCGUGCUUUCAGUGACAACACAGAUUAACUAUCUCAACAAGGCACUGGACACCUUUAACACAUCUCUUGUGACUCCCAUUUAUUAUGUGUUCUUCACUUCCAUGGUAGUAACUUGCUCCGCCAUCUUAUUCCAAGAAUGGUAUGGCAUGAAUGCUGGAGAUAUCAUCGGGACUUUGAGUGGGUUCUUCACCAUUAUCAAUGGCAUCUUCCUUCUGCAUGCUUUUAAAAACACUGACAUUACCUGGAGUGAUCUGACAUCCACUACUCAGAAAGAAGUCCUCUCUCUGAAUGGCAAUGAAGACAAAUACGUCUUACUAGAGAAUGUAGAAUGUUCAGCCCCAGGAUUUGACGAUGACAUUACCUUGUUUAGCAGGACUGAUGAUCAAAGUCCCUAGAAACCCUGAACUUUAACCGCUAAGAGACACUUGGAGAGGAGAAGGAAUACCUGAUUCUUGGAACAACUAUUAGGAAAGCUGGCAUUUUUAAAGUUCUAACUAAUAAUUUAGACAUGAGGCCAAAUAAAAAUGCCUUUAUUUUUGGCCAUCAAAUUUGAAAAUCAGGGCUUCCCUGGUGGCGCAGUGGUUGAGAGUCCGCCUGCCAAUGCAGGGGACACGGUUCGUG